AUGGGGCCGAUUUUUGAGCACAGGACCCCUCCUAUGGUAUCCCCGGAUGCCUCGAGUGACAAAACAGAGAGGCCCGACAACAAAUAUUCGUCUCCUUCCGACGCUGAAAAAGUAACACGCAACAUCUCCCCCGCAAACGAACGAAACCCAUUUGAUGAAGAAAUUACCUACCCCGAGGGUGGACGUGAUGCCUGGCUAGUAGUGCUUGGUGCGUGGUGUGGUUUGACUUCGUCAUUGGGUAUCUACAACACAACCGGGGUUUUCGAAGUCGUUGUCUCAAGAGUACUUCUGCCGGAUGUUUCUUCAUCCAGUCUUGGCUGGAUAUUCUCAGUCUAUGCAUUUGUGAAUUGGGUCUGUGGGGUGCAAAUUGGUCCGACAUUUGAUGCAAUGGGACCUCGCGUGCUGAUUCUUGCUGGGACAAUCUGCACUCUGAUUGGCAUUUUCACGCUCAGUGUAUCGACAGAAUACUAUCAGAUAUUUCUGUCCUUCUCGAUUAUGACGGGAAUCGGUUCAUCCCUGCUUCUAACUCCAUCCAUGGGUUGCGUUGCCCAUUGGUUCAUGGAGCGCCGCGGCCUUGCCAGCGGGAUAGCUUUUAUUGGAGGUGGCUUCGGUGGCGUCCUAUUUCCCCUAAUGAUCCAGGCACUUCUUCCAAAAGUCGGCUGGGGUUGGUCAAUACGUAUCCUUGGAUUUGUGUUACUUGCGCUCUGUGCUGUUAGUAUCGCAUUUUGCCGGAGCAGGAUCCCUCCACGGAAAGGAGCAGAAACUACCUGGCGAGAUACAUUGCCCGACCCAAAAAUAUUCUUCGACGGAACUGGAGCAAUGGCAGUCACAACCGCCGGUGUGCUUUUGACAGAUCUGGCAUAUUUUAUUCCUAUCACCUACACGCCGAUUUACUACAUUGAUCGACAGCAUCUUUCGCAAGAUGAGGCCUUGACGGGGUCUUCGGCGUUCGCAUACCAGCUUCUCGCAAUCCUCAAUGCUGCUUCCUGCGUGGGCCGAUAUGUCGCCGGUGAUAUGGCAGAUCGAUUCGGCCGAUACAAUACAAUGAUUGUUUCGUUGUUCUUUUGCACGGUAUCCGUUCUAUGUUUCUGGCUGCCUGAUAUCCUUGUACCAAAUUUGGACAACUACGCGCUACUUAUCGUCUUCAUUCUGCUAUUUGGGUUUUGCAGCGGCUCCAAUGUUAGCUUGACACCAAUCUGCCUUGGUCAGCUCUGCGAAACACAGGAAUAUGGGCGAUACUAUGCCACCUGCUUCACUGCAGUGUCUUUUGGAGUACUUGUGAGUAUUCCGAUCGCUGGAGGUCUUCUCAGUGCAGUGGAGGCGGAAGGCAAAGAGAAAUAUUGGGGAGUGGCUCUCUUCGCUGGACUUAGCUACGUGGCGGCGUUUUUAUCUUUUCUGUGGGUUAGAAUUAAAGUCAAAGGAUCUGAUUGGAGAGUGAAAUGGUAG